AGAUUUUGAAUUUAAAAUGGAAUCAUCAUCUGGUCCGGACCCGGAUAAAGUAUUUGAGAACGCAAAGAAACCUCUCAAAGGGCUUGACAAGACAUGUCCUCUUAGAAAAAAGAAGAAGAUCAAGGAGGGAGCUAGGGGAUAUGGACUCAAACAGAUUGCCAGAAUGACCCUUGGUUCAGGGAAUAUGCAAUUAGCAGUUGAACUGCCUGCUGGAGAAGACUUGAACGAAUGGCUCGCUGUUAAUACCAUUGAAUUUUAUAAUGAAAUCAAUGUUUUGUAUGGAAUUCUGACGGAAUUCUGUACACCUGAGGUAUGUCCAAUAAUGUCUGCUGGACCAAAGUACGAAUACUUGUGGGCUGACGGCCACAGCAUUAAAACUCCAUUAAAAGUUUCAGCUUCAGAAUAUAUUGAUUUUCUGAUGGCUUGGGUGGAGAAUCAGUUGAACAAUGAGAAUUUGUUCCCUUGUCAGAUUGGAGUUCCAUUCCCGAAGAAUUUCCUGAAUGUAGUGAAGGUUAUUUUCAAGAGAUUAUUCAGAGUGUAUGCUCAUAUUUAUCAUACCCACUUUCAACACAUAAUGAACCUUGGAGCUGAAUACCACUUGAACACUUGCUUCAAGCAUUUUAUUUACUUUAUUGAUCAAUUUAACUUGGUUGAUUCAAAAGAGCUGGCUCCAUUAGCUGAACUGAUUCAACAAUUUAAGGAGAGGAAAGCAGCUCCUACCACUAAAGCUAAAAUCGUUUCUGACUUGAACAUGAUAUAAUAACUUCAUUGCAAUUCGAAAUU